AUGUUUUCUAUCGACACCGAAAGUAUCGUAGCAGCAUUCAAUGAUCGUAUAAAAGCAGGAAAUCAACAAAAUCAUCCUGCUCUAAUUCAAGUAGCAAUGAAAAUACCAGAUUUACCAACAACAGAUGUGCAAUUUGUCGUGUUAUUUUUCCAAAUUUUUAUUUCAACAACAAUAGAUAAUAAGUCAUUGCCAGAUAAAGUUGAAGAAUUAUUAACAAUGAUUUUUGAAUGUGAAAGGGAAAAACUGUUUUGUGGUGAACCAAAAGAUGAGAUGACAUCUUUGAAAGUACAUUACAAAAAUAAUCUAUUUCAACGUGGUGAAUUAAAAGCAAUUUUUGAUAUUCGAGAAUUAUUUCAUGGUAAGCCUUAG